AUUCGCACAAAAAAAAUUCAUUCAAUUGAUUAGUUAUAGAAAUAAUGGAAUAUACGCCGUAUUUUCGACUUAUUCAGACAUCAUUAACUCAUUGUAAUGAGUUUGUAAGGAAUUUCAAUAAAAUAAACUACUUUGGAGGAAAUGAAAUCUAUAUUAAUGAAGUCACGCUUAAAUUAAGGAACAUAUUCCUUGGAAAUGGAUUUACCAGUGACGACUGUGAUGAACUGAGGAAAAUCAAUCUCCUCUUAAUGUUUAAUACUGAUUUAACACACAAAUAUGAACUGAAAGAAGAUUUUCAAGUUUGUCAUCUACUCAACAACUUCCCGCAGCUCUCAAAGUGCUUGUAUAUCAACAUCAUGUGGCAAUUAAACCUACAAAAGUACUUUUAUGAAGCUCUAACAUAUUCUCCUUCAUGGUUCAUUCUUCCAUUUCUGGAUGAAACUGUUGAUAGUUUAAGAUUCUCAAAAUCAUUCGAUGUUAUCUAUCAAGUUCAAGGCAUAGUAAAGGCAAUCUACACAAAUAUUUGUAGAUUAGAUUAUCGAUCAAGCAAAUCAGGAGAUUUUAAUGAUAAAAAAUUAAUACUGGAAUCCCUUCUUGUUACUUUAACAAGUCUUUUAAGGCAUUACAACACUCCAAUAGCCGAGGAAUCAAUAACAAAAUCAAAGAAUAAAACUAAAGAAUAUAAUGGACAUUCGCUAAAUUGCCAACUUUCAUUAAUUUUAUCAUGUUUCGAAAUGUUCCUUAAAAAACCAGCUUUUGAGAUUGAAGACAAGUUCUAUAUUUAUAAAAUCAAUCAAGAUAAAGAACCAGAAGCAAAUAAUUACAGCGUCAACAAAUACUCAUUAGGUGUAGAGGAGACUUUAACACAAAUUAACAUCAUUUUAUUAAAUACUCUCCAGAAUAGCGUAUUAAAUGUCACUUUAGAUGAUUUUAUGUAUUGGGUGGAGAUUGACAUGGAUGAUGACAUAAUUGCUGAUCAAGAACUUAAACGUGAUAACUUACAAAAGUUAAUUGGAGAGCAGGCUUAUGAAUUAGUUGACAUAAUUAAAAAUAAUGAAUGUUUUGAUCAUAACGUUGUUGAACAGCUAUCAACAAUUUCCUUAAAAAGUAAAACACUACAAGAAAUAGCAAAAGAAGCAUCUGUUGGAACUGUUCUCGAUAAAAUUGAAAAAUCUCCAUCAAAAAUUGUUUGGCUUGAAGAGUUACUAAGUCGCACAGAAAUUCUGUAUUUCAAUUAUGAAUGUCUUCAAACAGUCAUCGACAAUAUUGAGAUUCUCAGACUUGAGCAUUUAAUCCAGAUAUUAAAAGAUCAUCAGAAUUAUGACAUGGAUAAAGAAGAUGAAGUUCAAAUGAAUGAAAUAUUUUUAAAAGGUGGAAUUAAAUUGAACUUGAACGAUAUUAAAGAGUUAAUUGACCAGUUAGCGAUAACAUUAGGAACAGAUUACUGCUUAUCAUAUGAUCCAGAAUUAGUUCGUGAACAAGAGAUCAAUAAUUACUUGAAUAAAAUCACAGAAGAGAAUAUUGAGGAACCUACAAUGUUGAAAAUAAUCCUAAAAAGUCCGCAAUUAUUUUAUGAAAAACUACUCGAAGACAUUGACAGUCAAGAUGAGACACAAAUCUCAACAAUACUUAAAGUUAUAUCCAAAACAUGUCCAGUUUCGAAUCAUUAUAUUAAGAAAAUUAUCGUUAGUGAUACGGAACCGAUGGAAAUUAACAAUGAAAGGUCAUCAAGACAUUUGUUCCUAUCUGGAUUGUUUAAACUUCAAAUUAUAGACAGAAAGGAAUUCAUCAAGGACAUUAUAAUGAGCAAUUUCUCUCAAGCAUUAUCUGCUGGUGCAAAUUCUACAAACUUGUUGCUGUUCCUUAAAACUCUCAAGCAGAUAUCAAAUCAAUUAAAAAUUAAAGACUUACUGCCUCCUUUAAUGAUCCAGCUUGCACAAAUUCUUGACAAAUUUCGUUGGGAUUUGAUGACAUAUUCAUUAUUACGUGAAGAAAUCGUUGACACGACAAUUUCAAUCAUUCAGGAACUGAUCAAAACGGUUUUAAUCAAUGGAACUAAAAAUGAUAAGGAAUGGAUUAGAAAUAAAAUCAUUAAUUUAAAGUCAAUGACAAAAUUUUACUUUCAAAGGUUGUCAUUAGAAAAAGGAGAAGCUAUAAAUCCAUUCGAUACAUUUUUACAUCCAGAAAAUUUAUCAAACAUUCCAAAGAUCAAAAUUACCUCAUUUUUAUGCGAAACUAUUGUUAGAUGUACAUCUAAGGAAUCAAGAAAGCUAAUGAAUAACGAAGUCUUGCAGAACUUUUAUGCAGAGGCCCUAAGUUUGUUGUCCACAAUUGUCAAGAAAGCUAAUCAAUCAAGCCCAUUAGAAUGCUUAAGAAAAUGUGUUUCUGAUUAUGUUAAAAUACUUUCGGACAUUCUGAUUCCUUCCGCAAAAGCCAAAAACCAAGAAGAAAUAUUAUUAAAGGACAUAGUCAACCUAAUGAAGAAAUUCCCAACAAGUCUUCAUGAUGAGCUCACAAUCCUAUUUUUAGACACCAUCAAGGAAUUAAAGAUUGAUGAAAAUUUAUUAGCAGAAAUUGAUGAUUGUGAAUUGAAACGAAUUUUAUCAGACAAAUCAAAUGUGAUUUAAUUCCAAUUAAUUUAAGAGACAUAAAAGAAUGUACGCAAAUGUUAGUGUCAUUCAACUUGUUUAAAUUUCCAGAGAGAAUUGCAAUUACUCAUUUUCAACAAUCAAAAUAAAGACGAGCCUCCAAAAAAAUUAAAAGCCGGCAAGCAUUAAUAUAUUCUCAAAUAAAUUUUCAGUUAAGUCAGUGCAGUCAACGCGAUCGGAUGCGAAAAUAUUACUUG